AUGGCCUGCAAAGGACAUGAGACUGUGCCCGGGGACGAUGUCUAUGGCCCCGGGACUUACAUCGACAAAGACGUUCUUCCAGCCCCCGAGGACACAAGACGGAUUUUUGAAGUGCUAGCAUCAAGGACCCCAGGGUUCACCAAAGACUCUGGUCUAUGGGAUACCGUCAAAUUCGAAGGGCGACCGGAUCCCAUGGUCCCCGGCCCCAUGAAAGCUCCUCUCGUAUCUGCUGCUUUGCAUGCGAUGUGCGGCUUGGUCGGAAACGAGUUGCUUGAAAUUCGUGAUGGAAAGCCGGCGAAGCAAAGCAGUGUGACAGUCAAUACAGAUCACGCUGGUAUUUGGCUAGGGUCGACCUUUACCACGUACGUUGAAGGCUCGGAUCUUUCCACUCUUGCCCGAAGUCGCUCCCUGUCAAAGAUUUUCGCGAGAGACUUCGAACAAGGAUUUGGCGUUGGUCCACUGGCUGGAAGAGCGACAGCGCUUUACCCUACUAAUGAUUCGCGGGUAUGGUAUCAGCUUCAUGGGUCCCUCGAUGCGAGCAAGACCCUCAAGUCGAUGGCCAUUGACAUGGAAACUCCGCUGCAGUCCUUAGCAGAAGGGUACAACUAUAUCAAGGAACAUGUUCAGAAAUGGAGCGCAGAUGAGUUGGAGAUGCAUAACGUGAGGCAUGGAUUGUGCGGGAGUAUCUGUUAUUCGCCCGAGGGAUGGAGAGCGACUGAGAUGGGCAAGCGUCUGGCUGCCCAUCCCUUGGUGAAUUAUAAUCAUGAGUCUUAUGCCCGUCCAACGCCUGCUAUUCCUCUCACUCAAGGUCCUGAUCGCCGCCCCUUGGCUGGAAUCAAAGUUGUCGAGAUGGUGCGCAUCAUCGCGGGUCCGACUAUUGGUGUGACUCUUGCCUCUUUUGGUGCCGAUGUGAUUCGCGUCAACUGUAGCAAGCUGGUGGACUUGAAUGUGCUCCAAUUGACUCUAAACGCGGGGAAACGCACGGUCGACCUUGAUAUCAGCAAAGAGAACGAUAUGAGCGUCCUCAAUGAACUUUUGAAUGGCGCAGAUGUCUUCAUUCAAGGAUUCCGCUACGGUUCUCUCGAGAGGAAGGGUCUUGGACUGCAAAGCUUGCUCGAAAUGGCUGCGAAGCGCAACAAGGGUAUCAUCUAUGUAGAUGAGAACUGUUAUGGAGCCGACGGACCGUUUGCGGAGAGACCCGGCUGGCAGCAAAUUGGAGAUGCUGCUUCUGGGGCAUCGUAUGUGAUGGGUAAAUUUUGGGGAUACGAUGAGGGGACCGGCGUUCUCCCACCUCUCCCAAUCUCAGAUAUGAUGACCGGCGUCGUCGGUGCCCUGGCAACGAUGCUGGCUAUUAGAGACCGCUCGCUGAAUGGCGGGUCUUACCAUGUUGUCAGCUCCCUGGUUGCUGGCGAUACGAUUUUGCUUGACCCGGAAGUUGGACUUUAUCCAAUGAAUGUGGCGCAGAGUACCCUUGACCAGUUCAAGUUUGAGCGCUCAUCCCCGGAUCAGUUUGUGUCCGAAAUUUUGCUGCAGGUAGUCGAUGGUUGGAAACGGGUGUUUCCGGAGUACUUGGCCAGGGACUCCCCCUUCAUGACUAGCUUCACGGAUACACCAUGGGGACAAAUGGAUCUACUCAAACCCGUUGCACAGUUGGCCGAUGAGGAGGCGACCCCUCGAUGGAGGACCGGACCGGUUCCUAUAUGCCAGAACAGCACUAUUAGCUGGGCAUAA